GGACCCCGCGCGGGCAUAUGUCUGUCACAUGGACCGUUAGGAGGGAAGAGGCUCGUGUCUGCCGGUGUAAGAAGUCUCCAUGAUUGUUUUGAGCUGAGAGUCUACGUCGGGGGAAAAAAAAUGUUCAAAAAGAGGAACGGGACUCCCGGGACAAAGGUUGAGGAACCGUGUGACUGUCACCCGCAGGAGCCCGCACGCUUGUCGGUUACUGAAGAGGAAGCGGGCUGGUUUCUCCAGCUUCUAUAUCGACAGGAAUAAGUGCGCAGCAAGUUUUUAAACCCCCCUCCCGCUCGUUUGUGGUGGCGUCGCCCCGCUCGAACCGCUGACUCACCGGCAGCUGAGGCGGCUCAUGGCGGUGCUGUUGGAUCGCGGCCACUCCGCCGCCGCGUCCGAAUAGACCGCGGAUCCACCGGGGGGGACCAUGAUCGGCUCGCCGGACCUGCUGGCCUUCACCAGCGCGGAUGAGUUCGAGGAGGGCGGACGUGAGCAGGGUCUCCCCGAGGAGCUGUCGGUGCCCCUCUCACCCCCGCGUGACCCCUGGAGCACCAAGGCGCAGUUUCACCGAGACUUCAUCCUGGUGGCGGAAUUCUCCGAACAGGUGGGUCCAAAGCCUGUUCUCACCAUACCAGACGAUCAGCGCGUCAUCGGUUCAUUCGACCUCAAUCACUUCUCCGUUCGCAUCAUGUCGGUGGACUACCAGGCGUCGGGCCCCGGCCUCACCCCUCCUACCUCACCUGGUCCCCGCCUGAACUUCAGCGAGGACUCCAAGGUGAUCCUGGGAGACUCGGCGGAGGACGCGUUUGUGUAUGUACACCAUGUGACCCUGUAUGACCUGGAGACUCGGGGCAUGGUGCGACCUUUCUGCAUGGCCUACAUUUGCUCGGACCAGAUGAAGCUGAUGGAGAACUUCUGCGAGCUGUCGGCGGGCUUCUCUCAGGCGUCCGAGAGCCUCAAGACGGGAAACAGACAAGCGUUUUCAUCAGAGCUGCAGAGGAAGCUGCAGGAGCUCGAGUACAGACGGAGGACUCUGCUCCAGGAUGGAAACGGCUCCACAGAAGGUGGAAGGAAAAGCGAUGAUCUUGAAGGUGUAGAAAGGUCCAUCCUGAAUAACAGAGAGCUCCUUCGUCAGGUUAUGUCUUACCCAAACAGGAAGCUCGGGGAGCCGGACUUCCUGCCUUACGAUCCUGCUGACUCCCUCACAGAUCCCACCGCCCUUCUUCCAGUUGAGCCCUGCCCCUCCUCCCUGCUCACCUCCAUAACGUCAGAGCGCUCUCUGAAGCCGUUACAGGAACUCUGCAACGACUACUUCCUGUCCCUGAUGAAGGAGCAGUUAGUGGAUACCGAACGCCGUCUGCGCCGUGACAGGAGCGUCCUGAGAACCACCAGCAUCACCCAGUCACUGUCCAGGAAGCUGAGGCUCACAAACUUCCUGUUUGAGGCGUGGAGUCCAGAAGAUGCAGACGAGGAUGAAGGAAAAGGUGCGGAUGCGGCGACUCACAGAGCCGCGGGGGGCAAGAGCAGCCCUGAAGACAUUUACUCUGAACCCAACCGCAAGGAGGUGUUCUUCUCCUGCGUGGAGGAGCUGCCAAUCAAACUGGAGGCUGGAGAAGCAGGAAGGGUGACCCCUGACCCCUCCGCCACUGAAAUGACAGGGAGCGUGAGCAGCGGCGACAGCAUCGAAGUGCUGGGGACGGAAAAGUCUUAUCGGACUCAGCCGGGCGUGGUCGGCUCGGUCAGGAGAGAAGUGCAGCUGGGCAGGGUGGAUGUCUGCCUCCGGCAUGCAGCAGUGGACACAGGUGUCAGGCGUGUGCAGGCCAGUGCCAAACGUGCCAACAGCGAGGACAGCAUCGAAGUGCUGAGCACCACCGAGUCCAUAAUCCCUGAAGACCUCACCGCCAUCACAGAGGAGGAAGCAGAGGCUCUUUCUCUCACCAACGGCUUCGGAAACGAGGACUGCUCACUGAUGGGGUUCCUCAAGGAGCAGAGGGAGAACGCUGCUUCUGCUUCAGAGCCUGAUGAACCGUCCAGUGACGCAGAGGAGUCUUUGGGAGAUGGGAUGUGCUGUGACGGCAAGAGGGAGGAUACGAAUGCAGCGAGGAGCGACGAAAGCCAUGAAGAUCCCCUUCCAGAGCCGACGUCCAAACUGCUGCAAGCUGAAGCAGCGGUGGAGUCUGCGCCGCAGUGGCCGGAGGUCCGCCAAAGGAAGAGGCUGGUGCCUGACCUCCAUGUGAUCUUUGCCCCGCCUGUUGCCCCUGUAGACCUCGACCGUAGAUGCCUGCCGUCCCCCCCUCUGAGGCUGCUGAGCGUGGACGAGGCAUCGGACUGCACCAGCUUUACCAGCUCCUCCGACCCGCCCACCCCCACCCAAAGCCACCCCGGGAACCUUCAGACCAGCAAGAGGAGGAGAAGGAAAGCCGGCCUGAGAGCCCUCAGGUUCAUCAAGCAGCACUCGUUUUCCCAGCAUGCCGUGUUUUGUCUGCUGAGCGGCCGGCCGCUGGUUGUAAUGGGAGGAGACGAGGGUUUGGUGAGGAAGCUCGUGGACGCUCUGAGCCUCUUCGUGCCGUCCCCGGGCCACGACGGGGGCGCAGUGAUGCCGUGUUUGACCACGCCCCUUCAGCUGACAGACCUGCUCACCUGGAGACUCAUAGGAAUUCACAGAUCUUCUUCCAGCUCCUCAUCUGCCGUUCUUCAGUCUCUGAAUCAGUACAGGCGUUAUCUGGCUCUGCUGGACCUGGACAAGAGAACGCUGCAGUGUCCGUCCUACGCCGGCUCGCUCCUCGCCACUUUAGCCGACCCUCACACGGGCAUCAGCAGAGGCAUCACCUACCUGCAGCAUUUGGAGAGCUGCCUGUCUGCACUGGCCAACAGAGCCCUGCUGCACACUUUUGGAAUGGCGCCGUCUCAUCUGAACACGGCAGCAGGACUCGGAGGGACCGAGGAGGACGGGCUGCAGACAGGGCUACGCAGAAGUGACGGCGACCUGAGAGUGAUGAACUUCCUGUCCGAGCUCAUCAAGCAGCAGCAUGUGGGCCGAGGACCUCCAGUCCUCAUGUUUACUUACAGCUCAGUGCAGCUCCACAGAAACACAACGAAUGAAUGAAGAACAGAAAAGCUUUUUAAAGUGUUCCACAGUUUGAACGUGCUGUAAGCAUGUUGACGUAGAUAUAUCCAUAAUCACGGUCAGGCACUCCAGACUUACAAAAUGGGAAAUUAUGCAUAUUUGUGUAGCGCUUUUCUACCUUCAGCCCAAAGCGCUUCACAGUCACAGACCCAUUCACACAAGCACACUUUGAACCCACAAUCUUUAAAUCAGGAUUCGACCUCCCUACCGCUGCACCACAGCCACCAGGCCUUUCUGAGGAUUUUUAUAGGUUAACAGAAUUUUCAGAUGUAUUUAUAAAAUAUAUUUUUAUUACUUUCUACCAUGAAAACAUGUUUUAUAAUGACUAAAGAGGAGCCAAAAACCUUUUUCCAACAUUGAUAAUCUUUCAGGCCUCACAUUCUGAAGUUGAUGCUGCUUGAUUUUAGGUUCAGAAAACCAAGUAGACGUCUGACUAGAGAAAAAUUCACCUCAGGGACUAGAAUUUGAUUUUGUUUUUGCCACAAGAACAUAUUAAAAACACAAACUUUAGACAUUUUAAGUUUCUGUGAAAUGCAGGUUUGUAUUUCUGAUGUUAGCAAACCAAAACUUCAUAUUCUGUGAAGCUGUUUCACUUGUUUUAGUUGAUGGAUGAUGCAUUGUGGGAUUGAAGUGCACUUAAACUGGUGAAACAUUUUUAAUGGUAAUGCACUGGAAGAACUCAUGCCUUACUGACUUUCUGCUUUGGUUGUAAUGUUAUUUUGUGUCUUCACACCCCAAAAACCCUCAUAGCACUGAUUUGUUUCAUUAUUAAACAUUGUUUUAUUUAAAUAUAUUUAUAUUUUUGCACUUGCAAGCUGUUUUAGUUAAAAAAAAAAGCUGGAUUGUCAUUUUUUAGCUUUUGACAAAUUGUGUAAGUAGAACUAAAGAAUCACACGAGAAAUAAAAUGAAAAAGGACUCGCUAUGAAGUAAUUGAAAUGCUCAGAACAUAAGCAGCUGCAUAAUAGUCAGUGUGUGAUUUUUUUAGAAUAAAAGCAGCCACAUCAACUCAU